AUGGCGGUAGAAGCGGCGGUGAUAGAGAGCAAAUGGGAGCCGCCAUGUUUUUUGGGGGCGGUCAAUGGGGGACAUGGAGGAAAUGUGGGGAGGGGGGAGGAAACGAAACCCCCCCAAAAAAGGGGAAGAGGCGGGAGGAAGAGUGAGGAGGAAGAGCUGGACCCCAGGAUCCAGGAGGAAUUGGAGCAUCUGAAUGAGGCCAACGCCGAAAUCAACUGCCUGGAGCUGCAGCUGGAUGACGCCCGUACGGCCUAUAGGCGGAUCCUAUCGGAGUCGGCGCGGAAGCUGAACGCUCAGGGAUCCCAAUUGGGGGCCUGCAUUGAGAAGGCACGGCCCUAUUACGAGGCACGGCGCCUGGCCAAGGAGGCCCAGCAGGAGACCCAGAGGGCCGCCCUGAGGUACGAGCGUGCGGUCAGCAUGCACAACGCCGCCAGGGAGAUGGUGUUUGUGGCCGAACAAGGUGUCAUGGCCGACCGCAACCGCCUGGACCCAACGUGGCAGGAGAUGCUCAACCACGCCACCGCCAAGGUGAACGAGGCGGAGGAGGAGCGCGUGCGCAGCGAGGGGGAGCACCAGCGCGUGAGCAGGAGGUGCCUGCAGGCCGAGGGCCGCGUGCAGGCCUUGCACAAGGGGCUCAAAAGGGCCAUCGUCAAGAGCAAGCCCUACUUCGAGCUCAAGGCCCAGUUCAGCGUGGUGCUCGAGGAGCACAAAUCCAAGGUGACGGCGCUGGAGCAGCGCGUGGCCCAGGCCAAGACCCGCUACUCGGUCGCCCUUCGGAACCUGGAGCAGAUCAGUGAACAGAUCCACGCGCGGCGGCUCCAACGUCUCUUAUCACGUCGGGCGUCGCCAAUCGGCGCCGAGUCGGGUCCGAGUCGCGGUGCCGAGGGUCCGUCCGACACCGCGUCGGUUCUGAGCCUUCAAACCAUCGCGUCGGACCUGCAGAAAUUCGAUUCGGUGGAACAUUUGGUCGGACUUUCUGAUGCCAGUAGUUUAAAAGGGGAGGAAAUGGAAGAGAACACGGCACGGAGAGGAGAACCGGGUCGGUUCCGGCAUCACCGCAGCGUCAGCCUUUAAAGAUCAGAUCUUCAUCUUC